AUGAGUAACCAGUCUCUAUUAGAUAAACUGGAUCGUACCACAGAAGUUUUAUCCCAGACUCUUUCUCAAUUAGUCAAACUAUCAUCGAUUGAUCAUUCACGCUUGGAAGGAGCCGAUAGCAACGAACAUGAAGACAACGAAGACUCUGUAGCUACGAUUGCAACAACAGGUGUUAUGCUGGUACAUUCACACACGCUGCAACUGAUCAAGGGUGUGCAGGAUCUAUUAGUUAUCACACGUUCCAUCCGAGAAAAGUGGGUAUUAGGUCAAGUAACUAAUGAGGAACAGGAUCGUAGACAAACUUUGGACUAUGAGAAGUGUGAGCAGAUGCUAAGCACAGCUAUAGAUAAGAUAUUUAAUCCUGGAUUUUUGUGA